AUGUAUUGGGAAGAUGUGUAUGACACUGAUCGAGAAUCACUGCGAAAUCAGUAUAUAGGAUCGCUUGAAUUACCAAAUGGUCGAUGUGUAGUUUAUCCCAAUCUAUACCAACACAAAGAACAAUCAUUUGAACUUGCAGAUCCAACUCAACCAGGACAUUGCAAGAUUCUGACAUUUUUUGUAGUGAAUCCAUCUUGUCGGAUUGUUUCGACUGCACAUGUGGCUCCACAACAACCACAAUGGUGCAAAUCGAGUCUUGACAAGGCACACGUACCGCCUGAACUGUGGAAUGAUAUCACGCAGUAUAUUCAAGGUGUUCAAUCACCAGCUGAAGCCAAACGCUAUCGAGAUGAAUUGACAAGUGACCGAACUCAAAUCACAGCGGUAUACAACAAGGACAUAUAUGAGCGGGUGUAUAAUCUUGAUAAUUGA